AGCUAGAGGUUAAGGAGAAGAAAGUGAUCUUUCGAUACCAGGACCAAGAGAUUCAAGAAGGGUUUGGACAAAUGGAAAGAAGGAUCAAGGCUCAGCAAAUCCAUGACCAUUUGGCUCUGUAUCUUCAAGACUUGGACUACCCCAUGGGGACUAAACAUGCAAUGCCUAUCGAAGCUGCUGAAGAAACCUAG